AUGACAGGUGAAACGGAAGGAGACAAAGUUGUAAUGUCCCCUCCACAUAUCUAUGUGGAGAGGUCAUUAGCAAUUAUAAAGCCCGACGCAGUGCAAAAAGCAGAAGAGAUUGAAGAUAUCAUUUUACGAUCAGGAUUCGCAAUUUUACAGAAAAGAAGAGUACACUUAACACCAGAACAAGCCAGUGAUUUCUAUGCAGAGCACUAUGGAAAGUUGUUUUUCCCUAGUCUCGUGGCUUAUAUGAGCCAUGGUCCCAUAAUAGCUUUGGUUAUUUCAAGAGAUAAUGCAAUCUCUUACUGGAGAGAGCUAAUAGGCCCAACCAACACAUUGAAGGCUCGACAGACACAUCCAGAUUGCUUGAGAUCAAUUUAUGGUACAGAUGAUCAGAGAAACGCCCUUCAUGGAAGUGACAGUUUCACCACUUCUGAAAGAGAAAUUAGAUUCUUCUUCCCCGAUAGCAUAGUUGAACCUGUACCUGUCGGACAGGCAGCGAAGGAUUACCUAGCCAAGGCUGUUAACCCCACCCUUCUCAAGGGACUUACAGAACUCUGCAAACAGAAGCCAAUUGACCCAGUUAUCUGGCUUGCGGACUGGCUUCUAGAAAACAACCCCAACAAACCUUGUGUCAAACAACCAUUUGUACAGGAAGCAUAGACAACUAACUCUUCAUAUGUUCUCUCAUUCAUUCACCUGUGAAUCAACUCUGACCAAAAAUUACUCGCAGAACUUAGAGAUUUGUGCAGAUAUACUGAAAGUGCCCACAGAGUGCAUGCAACUGUUGGAAAAUGGUAAAAACUGACACACAUGGAAACACUGGUACCAUUCCAUCCAAUUUAGGAAUUUUUUAUGCUCAAUCUUUGAUACAUAAUGCAUACACGAUAACAACAGAUGUUGAGUACCAGUCUGUUCAGAUUGACAUCAAUGUACAUA